UUCUUCUUCAUCCAAGUCCACCAAGUCACAGAAGAAAAAUGAUCCGAUGGCGACAGUCGAUAAUGACGGACUCGUCUUCUACCCGGCCUUCUGCUUCAGGGCGUCGCCAACGCAUUUCGCCUGGGUAAAAAUGGCGGCUGUAGAUGUGCAUCGACUUAGGAAGAGAUAUGGGUUUGACGGUAUGGGCCAAAACAUCUUCUUCUACUACAACCAUCCAAUCCGCUUCGUCCAACUGGCAGGCAUCAUCGUCGCCAGAACAGAAGUGCCCAGACGGACUGUGCUCACACUCGACGAUAGCAGUGGCGCGACAGUCGACAUUGUCGUUCUGAAAAAGGAAGACGCACCUGUAUCUGUAUCAACGGGAUCAGGGCGGGUAUGUGAAGAUGACGAAACCCCAUCAUCAGCAGCAGCAAAGCAGACGCAGCCAAAAACAGAAAUGCACCUAGCAUCAACCACCAAAACAGACCUAGACAUCAGCACCCUCCACCCAGGGACAGUAAUAAAAGUCAAAGGCACACUCUCCACAUUCCGAUCCGCAAUGCAACUCCAACUCGAGCGCUUCUUCGCCGUCCCCGACACAAACGCCGAAAUGCAGUUCCUGGAUCAGCGCAUCCGGUUUCUCGUCGAUGUGCUCUCCACGCCGUGGUAUUUGAGCGACGAGGAGAUCGACCAGCUCCGCUUGGCGGCGGAGGAAGAGGAAGAGAGGGUCGAGGGGGAGCGGGAGCGGGCGCUGAAAAGGCAGCGGCGACGUGCGGAGCGGGAGGAGAAGGAUCAGAGGCGGAUUCAGAGAAUGUGGGAGGCUGAGGAGAGGAAGAGGGAGAAGGAGGCAAGUUCGGUUAAGGAUGCUGGGUUGAGGGUUAUGCGGGAUAUUGAGAUGAGGAAACGCGCGAGGGAGAUGUGACCUCACUCCCUGCCUUUUAUGCCUCUUAUUUUGAUAUUGUUUUUCUAGCAUUGCGUGGCGUUGGGAUAUAUCCUUUCAACAGCAUGAUAUAUAAAUGACUCUAAACCAUCAAUUUUAUACAGAAAGCACAUGCUAAACAUGAUACAUGAGUCGUCACCAGUCAUCACCAAAAGAAACGAACGCUAUGGAUAUCUUCCUUCCUUCCUUUGUAAACAGGCGCCAAACCAAAGCAAACAAGCAAAGCAAAUGCACCUAACCAUUUCCCUCCUAAUGAUUUUCCCUCUGCGUACGUACGCCCUAUAAAAUAUCACCGGUAGGUAUAUGUUUUGUAGUCAUAAGCCCCACCGACUGGACCACCACUGCCACCACCUUGGCUGCCGAGUAUACCUCGGUAGUAAUCUUCAUCAUCGACAGCCCAGGUUCCUCUGUGAGGAAGAUGAUCGUGGUAUUUGCUCUUUUCGCGUUCUCUUUCCC